AUGGCAGAGCUGGAGUACAGUACUAGUAGCAGGCCCAGCAGUAACAACCCAACACGCUUAAAACUCUUUGGCUUCAACGUGCAAGAAGACGAGGAAGUUGCGGAAUCGGUUCAGACCCAAUCAGGGUCGCCGGAGCCAGGUGGAUUUCCGGUCACCGGCGAUCGGAAAUACGAGUGCCAGUACUGCUGCCGGGAAUUCGCCAACUCCCAAGCCCUCGGCGGCCACCAAAACGCACACAAGAAAGAGCGCCAGCAGCUCAAGCGAGCACAGCUACAAGCCACCCGAAACGCCGCCGUUUCCUACGGUAGAAACCCCAUGAUCUCCGCCUUCUCUCCUCCGCCUCACCUCCUCGCUGCCCCGGCCGGUUCAGUGGUGGUUCCAGCCGCCGCAGCUGGCGCACCAUGGGUGUACCUCCCACGUGCCGCUUCCUCCCAGUUCCACGUGUCACAUGGGUGCGUGAUCCCAACCGCGGGCGGCGGCGGGAGAGGUGUUUCCGGGUUGGCGUACGGUGCGGGAGUGGCGGAUCCGGGUCACAGGUUUAACGUAGUGGGAGUAGGUUCGCAAGUGGUUCCGGGGCGGGUUAGUGGGUUGGCCGUGGAGGGUCCGUCACUGAGUAGGUUUUCGAAAGGGGAGGGUGGGCCCAGUUUUGACGAUGCAUUGGGGUUGGACUUACAUCUGAGUCUUGCACCAGCUGGGUCUUGAGUACUGGGGGGGUAAAAUGGUAAAUCCACUGUGUUGAUUUACCUUAGACGCAGGCUAA